AAUGUUGAAAAUGCAAAUCAAAAUUGGUUUGAUGAGGCAAAAUCACAUUUAAUGGUUUAACACAAGAUCCAUCAAAUGGAAAUUAUAUGCUUGUAAUGAAUAAAAUGGAUGUAGAUUUAAAAAAAUAUUUACAACAAAAUCAUAAUCAACUUACAUGGAAAGAAAGAAUUCAAAUUGCUGAUAAUAUAAUUAAGGCACUUGGAAGAAUUCAUGAAGAGAAUGCAAUUCAUAGAGAUUUGCAUUCUGGAAAUUUAUUGCUUAGAGAUUCUAGAUUUAAUAUUAGUGAUCUUGGGUUUUGUGGACCUGCGGAUAAACCAUUAAAAAGUAUAUAUGGAAAUCUUCCUUAUAUGGCACCUGAGGUUAUUAUUGGAAAAGUACAGACUUAUAAAUCUGAUAUUUAUAGUGUUGCAAUGCUUAUGUGGGAAAUUUCAUCUGGACAACCACCAUUUAUUAAUUAUGAACAUAAUUAUGAUCUUGCAAUGAAUAUUGUUAAUGGUAUAAGACCAAAAAUUGUAUCAGGAACUCCUUUAGAAUAUAAAAAUUUAAUGAAACAAUGCUGGGAUGCUGAUCCAUUUAAAAGACCCGAUAUUGAUACACUUUUGAAUAAAAUAGGAGAAAUUAAUUUAUUUUAUCAAAGUAAAUCAAAUGAAUCAUUAACUCAACCAGAAGUAAAUAAUAAUUUAGAAUGGAAAAGUAUAGAAAAUUAUACAAGUAGCAACAAUAGUUUAUUUACAAGUAAACUUCAUCAAUUUGACAAUCUUCCUGAACCCAGAAAUGCAACAGAAGGUAUUAUAUUUAUUAUAAUGAAUUGUUUUGUUAAAUAUUUAGAAAAAGUAUUAAGAUACUAA